AUGUUUUAUAAAUAUUUAUUUUAUUACUAAUUUAAAUAUGGACUUGAGAAGUAAUUGGCCAAAAAAGUAGAAAAGCAGGAUGCCUAUCAGUAAGUCAAGUUGUAAGAGACUCCAGAAGAUGAUUUUAAUGUUGCCAAUCUGAUUCAAACACUUGAAGACCAAGGAUAGUAGAUAGAAAGUGUUAAAACUCAAUAUUUAAGAGUGCAUGAGAAAGCAGUAAGUCUACUCAAUUAAACUUAGAGGAUUGUUUAAGAACCAGAAACUUAAGCUGAAAGAGACUUGCAAGAACGUAAGGUAGCUGCCACUGUCAUGAAGUAAGAUAUCAAAAAAUGGUUACCCAUUGUCAAGAAAAAUAGAGAGUCUGAGAGGUUAGACUUUACUAAAUAGAGGAAUGUCUAGAUAUCUAAGAUUUCUGAUACAUCCAAUGCUUUAUUAAAUAAUCAUUUAGGUGUCAAACUGCAGAAUGCUAUGGAGGAAGUCGAGAAGGUUGAAUAAAAACAAGAAUUGAAUGGAUAAUCAAAUCAACAAAAGAGCAAUUUGCAAUUCUACAAUGAUCUAAAAAUGAAGAAGAUUUCAUCAAUCAAAUCUAAAAUCUACAAAUAAAUUAAGAAAAAGAAGGGCAAUAAAGAGAAGCUGAAAUUGAUGGCUUAACUAACACCUGCUGAAAGAAGGAAAGAGAUUGAAAAAUUAAGAUUAUCAAGGGCAAAGGAAAGAAUUACACUUAGACACUCUACUAAGAAUAAGUAUGUCUUUUAGCUCCUAAGAUUUGGAGGAGACAAGAAAUCUCUGAAACAACAAUAGUCAUUCCUCAAUAAUCUUAAACAUUAAUUAUUAGCCAAGGCUCAACUUAAUGAAUUGGAGGAUGGGGAAUUUGACGAAGAGAAUUUUAGAGAAUAAGCAAUAACUCAAUUGGAAUAAGAAUUAUUAGAUAUUGAAAGGAGAGAGAAGGAAAAAUAAAAUAAUUUUGGGUUCUUAGACAAAUAAAAGAAAUAAGACUUGCAAUAAUCCAAAUCAAUAGCAUAGAAGUUAUUAACAAUGCUGAAAUCUGGGAAUGAUGAUGCCAUCUAAUUGGACGAGUCAGAGAAUCAAGAAUAGAAUAGUGAUGAUAAUUAUGAGCCUAAUGAAAAUGGUGAUAAGGAUAAAACUAAAGCUAAUGUUGAAAAUAAUGAGUUCAAUGGCAGAGCAAAUUUUGUAAAUGAAACCAAGUAACUAACUGAAGCUUAGAAGAAGAAGAUUGAUGCCAAAACUUCUUUGUCUAACUAUUUAAAUUUAGAACCUGAAAAGCAAUAAUAACCAAAUAAAAUAGAAAAGUAAAUGACUGUUUAAGAAGAAAAGAAGUAAUUGAUAGAAGGAUUAAAUAUCAAAAAUAUAAAAUAGAAGUAUGAAAAAUAAGUGAAUUAAAAAUUAACUAAUCAAGAUUUAAAGAAAUUGCAAUCAGAUCCAGAUGAAUUGUUAUAAUAAAAUUUAGCCAAUUUUAAUUUAGUUCUGGAUGAAGAUGAAAAUGAAAAUGCAUUCAUAGAUGAGAAAAUAAAAGAUAUGGAAGAAGAGUUACCUCCUGAACCAGCAAAUACCAAAGGAUGGGGAUCUUGGGCUGGUUUUGGUAUCAAAGAGAGAACACCAUUGACACAGGAGUAGAUUUUAUAAAAUAAAAUAAAGAAAAUUAGAGAAGUCUAAAAGAAGAGACAAGAUGCAAAACUAGAUAAUGUGAUUAUUAGCGAGAAAAGAGAUAAUAAGUUUGCAAAGUAUUUAGUUCCAAAAUUACCCAGCGAAUUUGCCAAUUCAUAGCAAUUUGAUUAACUACACACUCUGCCUCUGGGUCCUGAAUGGAAUAGUUUAACCAGUCAUUCAGCAUUAACCUAGCCAUAAAUUGUUACUAAGGCAGGUGUCGUAAUCAAUCCUGUUAAGAUUCCUCAACAAGUAAACAAACUUAUUUGA